AUGGAACCACUUCGAACCCGACGCGACGUGCUUUUCGAGCGAAUAAAAUGGGAGCACAGGAACGCGAACACAAUUGUUGGGCGAAAUCCUCUCCCUAGUGAAUUGCAGGAGCGCCUGCAAAAAUUAUCGGAGUUGUACGAGAAUUUUGAUCGUGUACAAAGUGAAAUCGAGGAAGAAACUACCGGUUUGUCAGAAGCUUCCUCCAUUUUCAACUACCGGUUGGAAUUUGACAACUUGUACUAUGAAACAAAGGAGCAUUUCGUGCGUUUUCUCGAUGAGCAUCUUAAUAGGGAAAAUAAUGAAGCGUUUCGUGAGGAACAAAAGGACGAGCUAAAAGAGGCAGUACGAAUGCUUCUGGAGUCUCAGCGACUCAUGAUGUCAUCACAGUCUGCAGCUUCAACUUCCGUUUCGCAGUUAGCUGGCCAGAUUAGUUCCAUUAAUCCUUCCAUCUUGCCAGCAGCAAUUCCAGUAGUCGAUGCUGGGGUACCGCUCGAGAUUCGUUUGCCAACUCUUUCAAUACCAGUGUUCAAUGGCGAUAGGAAAAAAUGGAACUCCUUCAAAGACCUAUACAUCAGUUGCAUUCACGAAAAGAGGCUAAAAGACUCAGUAAAGCUGCAGUAUUUAUUGUCUAAUUUAGAUGGAGAAGCUAAAAAGCUUGUGAGUGCAUUCGCGAUUACAGAUGCAAAUUAUGUGCAAGUAUGGGACAAGCUUAACGACUUCUACGAUAAGAAAAAAUAUACCGUCGCGGCAUUAGUGAAAGAGUUCAUUGAACAAUCUCCGAUAUCCGUUUCGUCUCUCAUUGGGCUUCGCAAGCUUUUGUCGACUUCUGAUGAAGUAAUCAGACAAUUGCAAGCGCUUGGUGAAGAAUGUGAGCGUCGUGAUCCGUGGUUGAUACAUCUGCUUCUUGACAAACUGGAUCGGGAAACGCGUGCGCAGUGGGCUCAAAAGUUAGUCGAUUUGGAUAAUCCUAGCUUUGCUGAAUUCCUUACCUUUCUCGAACGCAGGUGUGAUGCUUUGGAAACUUGCGCAUCGUUUAGUAAGAAGGGGUACGAAUUUGCGAAACGGGAUUCAGAACAUAAGUGCGGCCAGAACUCAAAAUCAACUUUAUCGGAUAGGCCGAUUCAAAGUUUUAGUACUACCACUCAGCUCUCUUGUCCAAUGUGCUCUCAAACUCACACCAUCUAUCAGUGUACCAACUUCAAAGAGAUGAAGACAAACGAUCGCCGGGAAUUUGUACAAAGAGCCAAGCUCUGUUUUAACUGCCUCAAAGCCACGCACAUUUCAAAGAAUUGUUCUUCUACCAUAACCUGUAAAAGCUGUAAUCAAAAACAUCAUUCACUGCUGUGUUCGAGCAAUGAUCAACGCACCUCGGAUUCUGUCCAGCAAUCUCACGUUCCAACAAAUUACAAGCAGGAAACUCCAACUGCAGAACCCGAGGAGGAAGAAGUGGCAUCGUAUGUCGCAAGAACCGAGACUGUAUGUUCAACAAACUUCAUCAGUAUGUUGCCCACUGCUGUUGUCAAAGUUUUGGGAAAAAACAACGUAUUCCAUGAACUACGGGCAUUGGUGGACUCUGCCUGCAUGAACUCAAUGAUCACAAAGCAGGCGUUCCUACGUCUUGGCCUGAAUAGGCACAACGCCAGCAUACUUGUCAGUGGAAUCACUCAAGGAAAGCCCAACAAGACAAAGGGAAAAGUAACGUUGCAUAUCUCAUCGCGAUUUGACGAGUCAAUCGUUAUCGUACUGGAAGCAUUGAUUCUCGAUCACCUCGUUCCGGAGCAGCCGUGUCAGGAAUUCGAUAUUGACACAGAUGCCUUAAUAGGCACAUCAUUAGCAGAUCCCUCCUACAACAUGCCUGGUAAGAUUGACCUUUUAUUGGGUAUAGAAGCUUUCUUUUCUAUUUUAGAACCAGGAAAGCUAGUAGACAGUCGGAAUGUACCGAUAGCCCAGAACUCUAUCUUUGGAUAUCUGGUGGGUGGUCGAUUCAGCGCGGUAUCUGUUACUACCCCAAGAUCUGGCGUUCUUGGUCUGGUCACUGAAGUUAAUUUAGACAAAACUCUUAGACAAUUCUGGGAACUGGAGGACCUACCAAAGGUAAAGCCUCUAACUAACGAUGAACGACAUGCCGUCGAGCAUUUCCAAACGACUUGUGUACGGAACACAGAUGGACGAUACGUGGUUAGCCUACCGUUUGACGAUACAAAGCCUGCGCUUGGUGACUCCGCAUCCGUCGCUAUUCGGCGAUUUAAGGCAAUGGAACGAAAGUUUAGCAUUGAUACACAGUAUGAAAACCUCUACAAACAGUUCAUGGCAGAGUAUUUAUCCCUUGGCCAUAUGGAGAAGAUUCCCUUGGCGGAAGUGCCUAUAGCAGCAGAUAAAUGUUUCUAUCUUCCACAUCACGCUGUUUGGAAGGAAGACAGCACGACGACUAAGUUACGCGUCGUAUUUGACGCCUCAAGUAAAAGCGCAUCUGGUGUGGCCUUGAAUGACCGUUUGUUGGUGGGUCCAAAUGUCAACGAACCGUUAUUUAACGUUCUGGCGCGAUGGCGAACGUAUCGGAUCGCAUUCACGGCCGACAUCGAAAAAAUGUAUCGUUAG